CUAGUUUGCCCUACUGAGCUGCUGAAGAUGAGUGUUGCUGAGCUAAUACACUCAAACUUGUGCCUUCUUGGGUACGAGAAAGAGGCAUCAGCUGCCAAAAUAAUAUUGUCUGAUGAGACGUUUGAGCACGCCAACGAGCGGGCGUUCCAGUCGGUGGUGCACUUCCUGCUGCGGUCGCUGGACGAGGAGCGGUGUCGGCUGGCGUUCCGACACUGCUGGCCUGUGCUCGACAAGAAGCAGAGCUCCGUGUUCCGGCAGGCCGUGGUCGGCUGGCUCAGAGAGCUCCGACAGACGGACCCCGAUGGCAGCGCGCUGCCGCAGAUCAACCCGGCGCUGUUCCUCUCGCCCGGCGGCCGCCGCUUCAAGGACCUGCUCCUCAGCCUCACACAGUUCGUCAUGCUCAAGUCACUGCAGAAACUGGAUGCCGAGGCGCCGGCUGGUGAGCGUGAGCAGAUCCUGACAAAGGGAGACCCGGAGAUUCAGUGCGGCACACUGCGCACCGCCUGCGCCAUCGCGAAGGACCGCUUCGUGCAGACACAGAAGAAGAAGCUGACUGUGCACACCGAGCACCAGCGCUUCGCCGACUCGUUUUCGACGCAGUACCGCCGGCUGCGUCAGAACGUCAGUUCUCUGACGGUGGAGCUGGGACGGCUGGUGGCGGUGUCUGAGCUGCCGCCAGAGCUCACACACCGCCUGCUGCAGGAGAACGCCGAGCAGGUGGUGCCAGCGGUGUACGCGGCGUCGCGGCAGCGGCUGGCCGCCCUGGUGGCGCCCCGGGACCGGCUCCACCAGUUCGCCACAGAGACAGAGUACAGCUGGCGGGUGGUGGACUCGAUCGCGUCCGGGGCCGUCGAGAAGUCGGCGGUGGACGCUGGCGACCUGGUCACCCGCGAGCAGGCGGACCAGGGCGCACAGAGCGGUGGCUCUGACAUGCUGGUGGACGGGAAGCUGGACCUGCUCGCCUUCUUCGACACGUUCGUGGCCAAGGUGGAACACCUGCGCCAGUCCUUGUCACUCUGCGCCAUCGACGACCUCAAAGGUCUGCACGGCACCCUGCCGCCGCUGGUCCGCGAGGCCACCCAGCUCUCGGCUGACGCCAGCCAGCUGCUGGCCCGGCUGGAGACGGAGACCGAGUCGACCAGCCGCCGGGUGGAGCGGCUGCAGGCUGCCGAGCCGCCGCCGCCGCCGGCGCGCGCGCGCGGCCGCACCACCACGCCGUCGCCGCCGCCGCUGCUGGCGCCGCGCACACCCAACUGGAGCCUGAGCGGCGCGCCGGUGCCGCCGCCUGCCGACCACCCGCUCAAACACAUGUACCGCUCGCCGGCCACAGGGGGCCUCAAGCUGGACCUGGAGCAGGGCGCGGACGCAGACCCCUCCUGCAGCAGCCGUCUCUCCAGUCUGACCUCGGUGACGGCCGGCGGCGGCUCGCCCUGGGCCUCCCCCGUGGCCGCAGCGCCCGCGGUCCAGCUCACCGGCCCGUCUCCGGGGCCCACGGAGGACCGGCCCUCUCCGGCGGCCGUCGGAGACCUGUCCCGGCCGCCACCGGAGCCGGCCUGGGGCGACACUGAGACACGCCUCACGCCGACUCCGGGCCGCGCCGGCCGCUCCGCCACCGGACUCAGCUCGUGCUCGUCGCUGUUCUCUCCGCUGCGUGGCGAAGCGGGCAGCGCGGCGCGCUCGUCAGUGGCCGGCUCAGUGUCGUCUCUGGACUCUGUGCUGGAGACGGCCCGACCCGGCGGGGACGGCUCACGGGCGCGGUCACCGACCGCUCACGGCGCCGCCGACUCCCCGGGACUGACUCCGGUCACACCUGUGACAAGUGGUGCCUCCGCCGCUGGUGCUGGAGCUAGUGGUGCGGGCGGCACCACAGCGGCGUCAGUGGUGCACUCACCCUCACCACAAGUGAUGCGGCUCCGGGAGCAGACAUCCGCCUUCCUCCGCUCGCUGACCCAGUCGCCGGUAGCUGGCGGUGACUCGGUGUUCUCUCCGGCGCCGCUGGAGGUGUCCGCAGCCGGCGGAGGCGCGUGGCUGUCCGCUCACGGCCAGCGCUCCCGGCUGGACGGCAGGCUGAGCCGGUCCGGCCCCAGUUCUCCGCAGGGCGCGGCUCUGCCGCGGGUGGCGUGGCAGGACGGCACGCGCCUCCUCCCCGGCCCCGGCUCACCAGUGGCGGCGGAGCUGUCACAGACAGCGGGGACCUCGCGGCGACGGACCCGGUCAGGGCCGGGCACCACCCACCCGCCGCUGUCUCCGAAUGGGGUCUGGGCUGCUGAGCUGGGGACUGGAGUCAACGUCAGAACUGCUGAGGAGAAUGGAGUGGGCGUCAGAACUCCUGAGAAGGGUUUUGAAUUCGGAGCCCGGACUCCUAGAACGAAGACGGGACUCUCCCCGGCGGCCGCGGCCGGUGUCUCAGCCAGCCCACCGGCCGCCGUGGGGUCGCCGGCCGGGCGGAGUUCGCAGGCCGAGCCGGUGCUCGGGCGGAGUUCGCAGCCUGAGCCGGUGCUCGGGCGGAGUCCGCAGCCUGAGCCGGUGCUCGGGCGGAGUCCGCAGGCGGCUGGGGCGGAGGGGCCGGCAGUGACCAGUGAGACCGACUUCAGCCACCUGGACGAUGAGAUGGCGGAAGCUCUGGCUCUGAGUGUCUUUGGUCCUGGGGAUUUCAAUCAGUCCCUGAAUUUCUCACACCGAGAAAGUCUAGGAGGUGUGGAGCUUUCGCUGGUCGAGCUGGACGACAGUGUCUCAGACACCGUCCCGGCCGCCGCCCCCAGCUCCGGCCGGGUCGAGCCGCCCACCGACGUCCUCAUCGACAUAUAGGCGGCGCUGACACCGGCGCACCUCCAACGUGAGUGUUCGAACGCGACUCUGCGCGUUGCCUUCCGAUGAACUGGAGUUGAAUCGGUGCUGCACUGUGUAUAUGUAGUCAUCCGCGGCUAUGGAGCUAGCCUCUGCUUCCCCUUCAGUUCUAUGCCAGAUCACUAGCCUGGAAUCACGCCAGAUCUGGCUCCGUUGAACUGCCGGUCCUGCUUACGCUGGGAAAAUUCAGAGGUUUUCCCGAAAACUCAGCGGUGGGCCGUGCGAGAGGGACGGCUGCUUUGUCUCAGAGGUUUGUUUGUUGUCUUGGUUAUUUAACGACGCAUCAGUCCAGAGUGUGCGCGAGUGUUCAGAGAGUGAUCUGGUGGACAAUAUUGAGAAGGGUGCGUGACGCUGCUACGACGCUGAAAAUGCCACGUUAAUAACUUAUCGCUCUUCGAGUGGCGUUAACACAAAUCGUGAAUGCUUGACGGAGAACGCAAGCCUCCCUGAGAGGGAGGAACAGAAACGCGUAGCCGAACGCGCUAACAAGAUAAUGCUUACGUGUAUCGCGCCCCAAUAUAAGCAGCUCACACUAGAAUGGUAGGAUCUAGGAAACAGUUACGUUAUUUUGCCCGUCAAGCUAUGGAGACACUUACUUCGGCUAUGAAAUCGGUCGCUGCUGGGCCUGGGCAUUUCUCGCGCUCGAAUGUGUUUGCUUUAAGUCGGUGGCCACUAUCGGGUGGCAGGGGAGGGCGAUGUUUUACGGUGUACGGCGACUCGGCCGGCGGCGAUUGGUUCCGUUCCGUUUUAAAGUGCCGCGCCCGGUCGCCGCAUUCCUCGCUGCGCCGCCCCGAGCGAUGUGAUAUCGGUGUUUAGGGAUGGUGUGGUGCAUUGCUGGUCUCGUGAAAUAUAACUAAAUGCUAGUUUA